ACGGGUCUUUCCAGUUCACGGUCAUAGACUCAUAGAUACGAUUCCAGUUGCGUUCCAGUGAAAGUUAGGGUUGGGUUGGGUUUAGGGUUCCUGGCACACAUAAUUGUCCCAGUGAAUCAGUCUGGGUAAUAUGCUUUGACUGACAGCCAUGGUGGCCAGUUCAAGUUUUGAAGUCUACUGUGCUGAGAUAAUGAGAUUAGACGUCAACGUGCCAAGCUGCAUAAUUGUAUCUUGAAAGUACUGAAUGCUAUAAGAGAUCAUUGACAUAUUUUGUCAAAUCAAUUAUGGAAGGAAGGAAUCAAGCUGAAGUAAAGGAACGACUGUUUUCUGAGUUCAUACCCUUAGACAUUGAUGCCACAGUCAUUGAACUUGUCAUUGAUGGGCUGAACUGCAAUGAGGAGGAGUGUCGCCGCCAGCUCAGCGCCAUGACGUCCAAUCGGCGCGGCCGUGAGUGGCGCCGGACCGUGCACCCACAGGCGGGCGUCAACCGCAGUCCGACCACCUCCGGGAGCGACCACAGUCCGGCCUCGCCCAGAUCGGGCGGCUCGCGCGCGGCGCCGGCCCGCGGCCGCGGCUACGGCGGCGCCGUGGCGCGCGCCCCGCCGCCCGUACCGGCGCCCCGGCGGCCGCCGCCGCCGCCCGCCCUCCAGGACACCAGCAGCUUCUCCACGCCGCUGCAGCAGAAGCUGGCCGCCGGUGUGCGGCUGCUGGUGCUGAUGCGCGGCCUGCCCGGCAGCGGCAAGACGACGCUGGCCAAGCAGCUGGCCGGCCGCGACGGCCUAGUGGUGAGCGCAGACGACUACUUUGUCAAUAGCCGAGGGCAGUACGUGUUCAACCCGGCGAAACUGAGCGAGGCGCACGAGUGGUGUCGACAGCAGGCGCGGGCCGCCAUGCGCCGCGGCCGGACGCCCGUCGUAGUGGAUAACACCAACACGCAGGCCUGGGAGAUGCAGCCCUACGUGAAACUGGCGGUCGAGCUCGACUACUACGUGGAGUAUGCCGAGCCGACCACGCCGUGGCGCCAUGACCCGCGCCUGCUGUCAAAGCGCAGCGUGCAUAGCGUCCCCGAGAGAAACAUCGAGAGAAUGAUGUUACGCUUCGAGAGCUCGGAUCGGCUCACAGUUGUCGCUCUGUACGGGACGAUUGGUGAGGUGCCGAAGCCGUGGCCGCCUCCCGUCGCUCCAGAUAAUAUUCUGCCGGCGAUGGACACGGCGGCUUCCCUGCAGCGCUCGGUGGCGCCGGCCGCCCCCGUCCCCGCCCCCGCCCCCGCCCGUGCCGCGGUGCCGCCGCCGCCGCCGGCGCCCGCUCCGAUCCCUGCUCCAGCGACACCCCCGAGACCAAAGGAAAUCACCAUGGAAGACAUGGCGUCCGCCUUGAACAAGCUCAACUGGGCGCAGGCGGGCGCUGAAGCGACCGAGCGUGUGUGGAGCUCCGCCGCCGCCGAGCCUGCUGUACAGAGCGGGACGGCCGUGGCGCUGUCGGCCGUCUUUGGCUCUGUCGUAGCGCGGGAGUCGGCCGAGGCUGGCUGUCAGACGGGCGGCGGCGGCGGCCGGACGGUCAGCCCUCGGCCGUGGCGCCCGGCGCCGGCCACCGCGGACGGCCCCCCGCCGCUGACCGUGCCCCUGCACCGCGGCACCAUGACGUCUCCGCCGCCUGAAUCGGUCGACCAUCAGCUGGACGGCCUCACCGACCUGUUCCCCACCGUGCCAGCGGCCAACCUGCAGCACAUCCUGGACCAGUGCGGCGGCGACGUGGACUGGGCCAUCAGCGUGCUGCUCGAGACGGACCUCGAGUCGCUGCAGAACAUGGAGCCUCCGCGUGCCGAGGACGGUGCUGCAGCCCCGGCGGAGACGGGGGCAGAGCAACAAGAUGUGGGCGACGUAGCAGAAGCGGCCGCCGGACUGGAGACGAUGACCCCGCCUCCGCCUUCGGUGGUCGCUCAGGGCGCGCGGCCCAAACAGCCGCUGCAGCUGAGUCGCCAGCUGUCGAGUGACAGCGAGCCAGACGUCAUCGUGGAGGACCUGAGCGGCGCGUCAUCGGAUGACGAGCGCCCGCCGCCGCCGCGCGCUGCUGCUGGUGCCGCCGGUGGCGCGUCGUCAUCGUCGAGCUCGUCGAACGGCUCGCCGCUGAUGGCUCGCCGUCGCGCCGUAUCGGCCGGCGAGCUGAAGCUGCAGCUCACUCCGCGGCUGGCCUACCAGCUGCAGGAGCUGUUCGGACCGACCAAGUUCGGCGUCAGAUCCGAGGCGCAGCUGGCCGAGCUGCCGGCCAGUGAGCUGGCCAUCCACCUGCCACUGGAGGUGGCCAGCAGUCUGCACCGCUGCUGGACGGCCGACGCCGAGGCCGCGUUCGACGCCGAGCAGCGCUCGUUCGACGAGCUGGGUGCCAGUCUGAAGGAGCAUCUCGAUAGGCAGAGGGAGGAGGAAGAGCGCAAAGCUCUGCUGAAGAAUGACGAGGAGAUCGCCCGCCAGCUGCAGAUGGAGGAGGACGGCCGACACGCGGCCGCCAGCCCCACGCCGCGGCUCCGGGAGAUCAUGGCUGAACAGCAGGCUGUACAACGUAGCGAACAGGCGCAGAGCAGCUGGACGCCGGCCACCCAGGCCGACCGGCUGACCCGACAGCGACUGCGAGAGGAGUUUCCGGGGGUGGACGCCAGCUACCUGGAUGAACUGCUCGACAUGCACGAGGGCGACUACAAGCAGGUGCUGCGGGUGCUUCAGGGCACGCGCGGCGAGCGUCCGCUGCGCACCGCGUCCAUCCGGGCGCCCUCGCCGCCGCCGCUGCCGCGACCCACUGCGUCGGGCGGCGCGGUCGGGCCCAUACCGGCCGACUUCCUCACCGAGAAGGGCAUGCCGUCGUUCCACGACAUCCGCGCCGAGUCGGAGCUGAUCCGACAGAAGAUCGAACACGCUAAGAUGAUGGCCGAGAGGGCCGUGCGCCGCGGAGCCUUCAGCGUGUCGCAGUACUACGUCGCCGAGAGGCAGCGGUUGUACGCCGUGCUGGAGGAGUGUAACAUGCGCGCCACCAUCACCACCAUGGAGCUGCUCCAGGACUCGGAUCCGAACCGGAUCGAUCUUCACCAUCUGCUGGUGGAAGAGGCGCAGACGCAGCUGGCCAGCUUUCUGGCCGACCGACAGAGCUACUUUGGCAGGAACGGUAUCCGAUCGAAGAAUGUGGAAAUCAUCACUGGUAAAGGGAAGAAUAGCAAGCACGGCAAGGCGAGGAUUAAACCGGCCGUUGAACAGUGGCUGGAGAACAAGGGCUUUCAGUAUCGGGAGGCGGACGGCAACUCUGGUAUGCUGAUCGUUACGGUGCACUCUGAACACAUGUACCAGCCACGCAAACUGGGCUGAUGGCCCCAUCGAUCUCUCUGGCCUCUGACGACUACUGGGGGAGGCCUCCUGGCUCCUCAGCCGCCGGGUGAGGUGCUUUGACGGCUGUCUGGUGGGUCCUCGGGCCCCCUCUCGGCCGUCGGAUGGGUCCUCGGGACCCUCUCGGCCGCUGGGUGGGUCCCUAGUCCCCUCCGGCCGUCGGAAGGGGCCUUGCCGCCGUCUGUCACCCAUACUAUAGCCCUCUGCAAUCGUAUGCGCUCGUUUUUCGACCGCCUCGUCUUACCGAACCUGCUGUUACGUCCUGAUACAGCGAGGAUUUCGGCUGUCGUCGAUUGGUCUCCAUGAAGGUAAAAGGAAGUCUCAACGGAGCUUCCUCUUGCAUGAAGUUACCGUCUGCUCAAGGUCGUGGUUGUGCUCACAGUUUCUAGUGUGUAUGGGACGCUUGUCCCUCGCGACGUAGCAUAGAUUUGUUGUAAGAAUUCCCAUAUUGGUACAAUAUUUACCCAUUGUCACUGGUUCCUGCGCGUGGUUGCUGUUUGAUGCGGCCGCGGUGUGUUCGAAUGUUGACCGGGCUCGGGUCAUGAACCUUGUUCGAUUGCGCCACGCUGUUGACCCGCGGUGCCGGGUCAAGGUUGUACUUACAUGUCUGGUUUGGAACACCGGCACCAUAUUCUUCAUUGGAAAGCUCAGGUCCGCUAGCAAGUUGUACAAAGAGAAGGGAAUCCUAGUACAGCGCUUAUGUACAAUCACCAGUUUGUCAAUCGUGUGGAGGCCACGUGUCAUUUUUGCGUGUCGUAUCUCGGUGCGCAUUACGUAUUACGUUUGUGUGUGAAUGUGUCGACUGUGUAUUGUCAUUUGUACUUAUCUUGAUGAUGUUGCGUGCGAGUUUACGUGCGUUUCAUCAGCUUUUACCGUCAAUUGUGGUCCACUUUUAUUGGGUUCCGGCUGUUGGUUGCUGGAGUACAUCACUUGAUGAAUGUCCCACCGGGAAUGCUUGCCUAUUGUGGUUUUCAUUGCAUUGACCGUGUCUUCACGUUAGUGUCUAGCGUAAGUCAUAUCAGUCCGCAUCCAGCAGUUAUUUUUGUCUUUAGUCGUGAUAAACGCUCGAAUUGGAGCUUGCCUACUUCGGGUAUACAGAGAUUUACCCGUAUUAGCUUUUAAUAGCGUGCAAACGAGUAUGGUAACCGCUGCUGUGAUGCCGAUUGAUUUAUUUUUAGCCUUGGUAGCAGAGAUCUGCCAGCUGCCGCCGCCUUAGCGCGUAUUUGGAGGGUUAGUGUAUGUGUAGUGUAUGUGAGGUGGAGUGGACCGUCCACCGUGGACUGGGCCGCUCCGCCCGUGCCGCCAUCUGUCCCAGUUCAGCGGAACGUCAGGCUGUGACGCUGGCCAGUGGGCCCACCGUCGACGAGAGUCUGCGCGCGCGCGCCGGGGAGCGGAUCCGCCGCCGCGACCCAGCACAAUCGUGGUGCUAUUGAAUCCAUUCCAUGGAGCAUAUGUGAUUUAUUGUGCCUAUUGUGAGUCCUUUAGAGGUGAUGUGCACGUCACUAUUUUACAAUACAUGAUACCCUGUGUGA